CCGAAAUUUUCUUUUUGGAGAAGCAGAUUGUCAGCACACGGGCUGUCUUCCCAUACAAGAUGUUGCGCCGUCAAGCCCGCGAGCGUCAGGAUUACCUCUACCGGAGAGCUUUGCUCCUCCGCGAUGCCUCCAUCGCCGAAAAGCGAGCAAAGCUCAAGGCUUCCUUGGCUUCUGGGAAACCACUGGAUCCGUCUAUUGCAAAUGACAAGACCCUCCGCGAAGAUUUCAAGUAUGACGAAUCCCUACAGGUUCCGGAUAAGCAGAAUGGCGACUCCGAUCUCAUGAACAUCGACGAUGAGUACGCGUUGACGUCCGGACUGGUCGACCCUCGCCCUAUCAUCACUACUUCCCGGUCUCCAUCCGCUCGUCUCAGCGCCUUCGCAAAGGAAAUACGUCUCUUGAUCCCUACAUCUAUUCGUUUAAAUCGUGGAAAUACCGUCCUGCCAGACCUCGUUUCAAGUGCGAACGCCGCGGCGUUGACCGACAUGGUGCUUCUCCACGAACACCGUGGUACCCCAACUGCGAUGACAAUAUCGCAUCUUCCUCACGGACCUACCGCGAGCUUCUCACUGCACAAUGUUGUUCUUCGAGCGGAUAUUCCCAAUGCCGUACGGGGAACGGUGUCAGAGAGCUAUCCGCAUUUGAUCUUUGAGGGGUUUAAGACAAAACUAGGCGCCCGUGUUGUUCAGAUUAUAAAGCAUCUCUUCCCUCCUCGUGAGGCUAGCAAGGUUGGCAACCGCGUUGUCACAUUUGUGAACAAGGAAGACAAUAUUGAGGUUCGCCACCACGUCUUCGUGAAGACGGGAUAUCGGGACGUCGAACUUGCAGAAGUUGGUCCGCGCAUGACAAUGAGGCUGUUCGAGAUCAGGGGAGGAUCUCUAGAGAAGGGUUCUAGUGGCGAUGUUGAGUGGGCUCUUACACAGUAUACGAGAACAAGUCGGAAGAAGGAAUAUCUUUGAGUUAUGUGUUGGCCUCGGUGUAUAACGACAUACCGGAUACAUACAGGAAGGUAAAUCAGGCGUACAGGGUGUUCUCAGGAAAAGCAAAUGAGACGAUGCUUGGGGGUUUAAUCAAUUUAGGACUUGUCAAUUCUAUACCCGCGAAAAGUUUAGACAUUUUUACGUUAUUUCUGUGGCGGUUGUGGCCCUGUGAAACUGCAAAAUGAUAUACCUGAUACCUAUUGAAUAAC